UCUUAUCCUCAUAGAACGUAGUCACCAGUAUAUCUCAUAAACAUUGCAUACUCACUCUCUACCUUUUUGCUAAGAGAGUUCGACCUUGUACAACGUCCUGCGCAUGCUCCACUUGCGAAACAAGCUGCAGACGCCACGAACCAGAGGAUCAGACGGAAGCUAAAAAUCUCUCCGAUAGUCGCACGAGGAAAAGGAGCUACCCCACUUAGCGUCAUACCUAACCCAUCUUACAAAUGUAACUAGAUAUACCCCGCGCUGGAGCUCUUUCCAAUCUCCAGAGUGGGCUCCUUCCAUAUCUACAGCUUCAUAAAACACCCCUCUGCGGCAAUCUCAAACCUCAAAGCCUAUCCAUUUGCAGCUCGUCUUCAUCCACAGCCCUCUCGCAUUAACAAUGUCGUCCUCAUUCCCACCCGACGAGGUCCGGGAGAUCGUCCAGGAAGUCGCAGCCCUCCUGAAAGAGCGCAAAGAAACCAUCUCAGUAGCAGAGACAGCAGCAGGCGGUCUCAUCUCCGCAGCCCUGCUCUCCUACCCCGGCGCCUCGGGGUACUACAAAGGCGGCCUCACCCUCUACACGCUCGACUCGCGCAUCGCCUUCGCUGGCUGGACGCCCGAGAACUUGAAAACAUACACUGGGCCCACGCCGGAGAUUGUUGCGGGAUUGGCGGAACAUACGAGGAAGACGUUGGGCAGUACGUACACGGUUAGUGAAAGCGGGACGGCGGGGCCGACCGGAGGGACGACGAAGAAUAGAACACCGGGUUAUGUGGCGCUGGCUGUAGCGAGCGAGAAGGGGACAGUGACAAGAGAGGUGGAGACGGGAUUGGGUGGGGAUAGAGAGGCGAAUAUGGUGAGGUUUGCGGUGGAAGGGUUGACAUUGGUUAGGGAUGUGAUUAAGGGAGAGGAAAAAUUGUGAGGGCCGUGGUGGGGAUAAGUGAGUGCAAGUCAUUCAUCGUAGCCGCAACACUGGGUGGUAAUUGAUUACGUUCGUUUGCUUACAUUGGCUUGCAGGUAGAAGAGGAA